CAAACCAAGUCUCCUGAGUGUGCAGAUCGUGCAGUGCCGAUCCGGAGAACGGUUGCAGCUCCAGCGCACAGAACUCCUUUAUUCCUCUUUUUAAAACACGCGUCAGUCCAUUUCUGAGAGCCCCAUGUCUUCACUUCGAAGUUCAUCCUGAAGCUCUGACUGGAACAAGACAACCAAAAAAACAAAAAACAAAAACAAAAAAAACCUAAUCUUGAGGAGAACUUUGGACCCUGAAAUGGGGAUCGGGUUUGUGUGUCUGGCUCUUGCGGUGUCAUUGUCUUUUUCCAGCGCGCAGGACGCAUGGACCGCGGCCACAGAGGAGGAAAUCCCGGAGGGCGCAUCCACCCUGGCGUUCGUCUUUGACGUGACCGGUUCCAUGUACGACGACCUCGUCCAGGUCAUCGAGGGCGCGUCCAAGAUUUUGGAAACGUCCCUGAGCAGACCGAAGAGACCCCUGUACAACUUUGCUCUGGUGCCCUUCCAUGACCCGGAAAUUGGACCUGUAACAAUCACAACCGACCCAAAGAAGUUCCAGUAUGAGCUGAGAGAGCUUUACGUUCAGGGAGGGGGUGACUGUCCUGAGAUGAGCAUCGGUGCUAUUAAAAUUGCCUUGGAGAUCUCCUUGCCAGGCUCCUAUAUAUACGUUUUCACAGAUGCCCGUUCCAAAGAUUACAAACUGACGCAUGAAGUGCUGCAGCUCAUUCAGCAGAAACAGUCACAGGUGGUGUUUGUGCUGACCGGGGACUGCGACGACAGGAAUCACAUCGGCUACAAGGUUUACGAAGAGAUCGCCUCCACUAGCUCUGGUCAGGUCUUCCACCUCGACAAAAAACAGGUCAACGAGGUUCUGAAGUGGGUGGAGGAAGCUGUACAAUCGUCCAAGGUCCACCUGCUUUCCACCGAUCACAACAGCGGAGUCAACAACACAUGGCAAAUGCCCUUUGACCUCAGUUUGAAGGAAGUCACUGUGGCGCUCAGUGGCCCAGCACCUGACAUUGAGAUACAAAGCCCCCAGGGGAAGCUCAUUGGGAAAAGUGAUGGCCUGACAGAGCUCUUGCACAUUCCUAACUCUGCCAAAGUUGUCAACAUCAAGGAUCCACACCCUGGGAUGUGGUCUAUUAAGACCUCUAGUGAAGGAAGACAUUCAGUCCGUAUCUCAGGUCUCAGCACCAUCGACUUCCGGGCUGGAUUUUCCAGGACACCCACCUUAGACUUCAAAAAAACCUUCAGUCGGCCCAUUCAAGGCAUUCCCACCCACAUCCUUUUGAACACCACUGGGCUCUCCCCUCCUGCUCGUGCCGAUAGGCUAGAGUUGCUAUCAAUCACAGGCCAUGUGGUCAAAACUUUGCCAAUCCGCUACUUCCCUGAACGCCUGCCAUAUGGGCUCUGGAACAUUACGGAGUUUAUUCCACCUGAUGAGGCCUUCUUCUUGCGGGUGACUGGAUAUGACCGGGAUGGUUUCCUGUUCCAGAGAGUCUCCAGUGUUUCCUUCUCGAGUAUCGUGCCUGAUGCCCCUCAGGUGAAGAUGUCACCUACAACUCGUGGGUACUACCUCCAGAAAGGGACGAUCAGCUGCUGGGUGGAGAGCCUGAUCCCCUUCACGCUGCGCUUCAGUAGGGAUGGGAAGCGACUUGGAGUCGACCAGCUCUUUAGUGAGUCAGACGGUGCAUUAUGGGAAAUAACCCAGGUAACUCUGAAAGACGAAGGAUAUUAUGAGUGUAUUGCCAUCAGCAGUGCGGGCACAGGUCGAGCCCGCACCUUCUUGGACGUGUCAGAGCCGCCUCCAGGCAUCACCAUCGAGGGCAACGUAACAGUGUCACCUAACUCUCGCGCUGUCCUCACCUGUCAUGUUGUGAGCACAGUCAGCUUCAAUCUCACCUGGCUGAGGGGCGGCCACAGUGCUCGCCUGGACCCACGCGUGUACAUCCUGACCAACCAUUCGCUGCAGGUGUUCCCUGUAACUCCAGAUCAUUCGGGCUGGUAUGAAUGCAUCGCUGCAAAUGAAGGAGGAGUGGCUGCAGCUCGAGUCUACCUCACUGUGCAAGAGGUUCCCAGGGUUUCGUUAGAGCCUAUGAACCAAACCUUUGUGGCAGGAGCUGAAGUGAGGAUCAGGUGCUCAGCCAGCGGCUACCCUACACCUCGCCUGAUUUGGACCCACAAUGACAUGUUCAUCAUGGCCUCCAGCCGGUACAGGAUGACUCCUGAUGGCACACUGCUUAUAAGGAACAUGCAGAAGAAAGAUGGAGGAGUGUACAGCUGUCUGGCCACUAACAAUGCUGGAACACACAAAAUGACCUCUGUCAUCUCCUACGUUGAAUCUCCUCAGGUGACCGUGGCUUUUAGUGAGAUUCUCGUUGCUGUCAGAGAAACCACUGUGAUGACUUGUUUAGCAACUGGAAUCCCUGUGCCUGAGGUCAGGUGGUACAAAGGUGACCUUCAGCUGCAGUCGUCUUCCUUCUUUAAUGUGGAUGCAUUUGGAGGGACCCUGACCAUUAUGGAGACCCAGGAUGCUGAUGCUGGAGAAUACACCUGUGUGGCUGUCAACGCUGUUGGCUCCUCAUCAGGAAAGAUGUCUCUCAGUGUCGGAGCUGCACCCAGGUUUGUGCGCGAGCCAUCUGAUGUGGCAGAAGACAUCGGCUCAAAUGUGACUCUACUAUGCCACGUCCAAGGUUACCCCGAGCCACAGGUCAGCUGGAGGAGAGAGGACGGUGUACCCCUUUUCAACAGGCCUCACCCACAUAGCACAGUGACCCAGAGCAGAGGAGGUCUACAUAUCACCAACUUGUGGGUGGAGGAUGAGGCAACAUACAUCUGUGAGGCCAAGAACCACUUUGGCAUUAUUCAGACAAAAGCCAGAGUCACAGUGACUGGACUGGUCUCACCUGUCAUCGCAAUUAGUCCGACCGUGCUCAGUGUGAUCGAGGACCAGCAGCUGACCCUGCCAUGUGUACUGCUGGCUGGGAAUCCGCUCCCCGAAAGACAGUGGCUGCAUAACUACGGCCUGGUGAUGUCAGACCAGUAUGUGACGGUCAGGAAGGACGGCAGCCUGCACAUUGAGAGAGUUCAGCUGGAGGAUGCAGGGGACUACGUCUGUCUGGCUGAAAAUGUGAUCGGAGCCACCAACCGUACCACCACCGUCAAUGUCUAUGUGAUUCCCACUAUUCAGCACGGACCUCCGGUGUUCAGCACGAUUGAGGGUACGCCCAUCUCUCUGCCAUGUCGUGCCGGUGGCGUGCCAACCCCCGACAUCACCUGGGUCAAGGGUGGAGAGCUGCUGGACUUGGGUGGUCCAACAUUCUUGGUGGAUGCUGACGGCAGCCUCCUCAUCACCUCCCCUUCUGGAAACGAGACCGGAGAGUUCACGUGCACGGCUGCCAACGCUGCCGGCUACGCCUCCAGGAAGGUUCAGCUCACAGUCUAUGUCCGUCCAAGGUCCAGCAGCAACGCCGGAGGGUCCUCGGAGCCAUCGAGGGUGUCAGCAAUUGAGGGUGAGGAUGUCAUUUUGCCGUGUGUGGUACACAGCUUCCCACUUCCCACCAUCAGCUGGGCCAAAGAGAGACAGCUCAUCUCCCCAUUCUCACCACGACACACACAUCUUCCCUCUGGAUCUAUGAGGAUCUCUGAGACCAGAGCAUCAGACAGCGGACUGUACGUGUGUGUCGCUUCCAACAUUGCAGGAAAUCUAACGCAGUCAGUGGAGCUGGAUGUAUUGGUUCCUCCCAGAAUCCAGGCCGGUCCUAGGGUGAUGAAGGUGCAGGUGGGUCACCACGUGGAGCUAACCUGUGUAGUUCGAGGGGUCCCUAAACCCAGCAUCACCUGGACAAAGGAUGGUCAAAGGUACUCAGUGUCUCCUGAUGGCAGUCUGGCUUUGAGCCACGUGGAGUCGCAUGACGAAGGAACCUACACGUGCACUGCAAUCAACAUUGCAGGCAGAGAUGAAGCUCAAGUCCAGCUUCUAGUGCAAGUGCCGCCUGUAGUGGAAGUGUUGGAACCGCCCUUCAAUAGUCCUUUGCAGGAGAUAGUGGAAAACCAGCGUAUCGCCUUUCCAUGUCCUGCCAAAGGCUUUCCCAAACCUGUCAUACGAUGGACGCGUAAUGGUCAGGAACUGACAGGUAAUGAGCCUGGUGUGACCAUUCUGGAGGAUGGCACUCUGCUGGUUCUGGCCUCUGUGUCACCGCUGGACAGCGGGGAGUACGUCUGCACUGCGACCAAUGACGCUGGAUCCACUGAGAAGAAAUACCAGCUCAAAGUCAAUGUGCCCCCAGAUUUCCGUGACGGUGACCCAUCAGGCAACAUGACAGUGAUCCUGAACCAGCACACCAACUUAAUAUGUGAUGUCAUAGGAAGUCCAACCCCAAUAAUCACGUGGUACAAGGAUGGGACACUUGUACUUUCCAGUAACAAUGUUCAAAUUCUUGAUAAUGGGAAAAACUUGAGGCUACUGAAGGCAGGACCAGCAGAUGCAGGCAGUUAUACCUGUCAAGCUGUCAACAUUGCAGGCAGUGCAGAAAAGCACCUUUUUUUGGAUGUACUGGUCCCCCCAACCAUCACAGGGUCAGACCUUCAAGAUAUUUCAGCCAUUGUGAAACAGGAGAUCAGCCUGGAGUGCAUUGUUAAGGGAGUGCCCUUUCCCACAAUCCAGUGGUACAAAGACCGGAAACCCGUGUUUCUUGGUGAUCCUAAUGUUGAAGUCACUAAUCAGGGUCAAGUAUUGAUGAUAAAAAGUGCCCGUCUCGGAGAUCAGGCACGCUACCAAUGCAGCAUCGCUAAUACAGCUGGGAAACAGGCCAGAGACUUCAAUGUGAAUGUUUACGUGCCCCCUUCCAUCAAAGGGGGCAACAUAACCACACAGGUUACGGCACUGCUGGAUACACUGGUCACACUGGAGUGUGAGGCUCGCGGGGUGCCACUACCAAGCAUCACCUGGUACCACAACGAAGAGGUGAUCCUUUCCAACCAACAGACUCGGUAUACAGAGCAAGGCCACUACCUGAAGGUCCACCGGGUGCAGGUGUUGGAUACUGGACUGUACACCUGUAAGGUGACCAGUGCGGCCGGCAGCGCUGAGAAGAGAUAUGAGUUGGACGUCUACGUGCCUCCCACCAUUGCAGGGGGCGAUGCCGGGCCCACUGAGCAGAAAGUGGUCCUCAGUAAUCCUCUCACUUUGAAGUGUGAGGCCGGAGGUCACCCUCCCCCCUUUCUCACCUGGCUGAAGGACGGCAUUCCGGUUCAUGAUGGGGAAAGUGUCCGUGUCCUCCAGGAUGGGAGAAAACUAGAAAUUGUCUCAGCUACAGUCUCAGACUCAGGACGCUACAUCUGCAUGGCAACAAGCAUUGCCGGGGAGAAGGAGAUUAAGUACGACGUCAGUGUUUUAGUGCCGCCUUUCAUCAAUGGAGGAGAUGACUUGACAGAUCGCACAGUGAUAAUCAACAACCCUCUGGAGCUGGAAUGUCACGCCACAGGAACACCUGCACCGACUGUUACGUGGUUUAAAGAUGGAAAACCAGUCACACAGGGGGAGGGUUUGCGGGUGGCGGCCAAAGGGCGACGACUGAUCGUGUCUCGCGCUCAGGUCUCUGACACGGCUCGCUUUCAGUGUGUGGCCACUAACGAAGCAGGAGACCACAAGAGGGACUUCAACGUGGUCAUCCACGUCCCUCCUUCCAUCCACACCAUUGGGCCUGUUGAACGUUCAGUGGUUCUCCACAAACACAUCAGCCUGCAGUGCAUCUCCACUGGCGUCCCUCCUCCCAGCAUUACCUGGCUUAUAAAUGGCCGACCUGUUAACAUAGCACAAGAUCACCUUAAGCUGGAGUCAGGAGGCAGAAUGCUCAAGAUCACAGAGGCAAGACAUGAGGAUUCUGGGAGGUACACCUGUGUAGCCACUAAUGCAGCUGGGGAAACGCUACAGCACAUACGCCUCAGUGUCCACGAGCCUCCAAGCAUUCCCAAUUCUGCGGAGACAAUCAACCAGACGGUGUUGUCAGGCUUCUCCACAGAGUUUGAAUGCAAAGCCUCAGGGAGCCCAUUACCCGCUAUCACUUGGUACAAAGAUGGUCGACCUCUGACGAGUGCAGCUGGGGUGACAAUAAUGAAGCGUGGCCAGGUACUGGAGAUUGGACAGGCUCAACUGUCCGACGCCGGGAUAUACCGAUGCACAGCAAUCAACCUGGCUGGAGUGGCUGAGAUAUCCCACAGUCUGCAGGUGUUUGUACCUCCGGUCAUCUCCAGCCGAGGCGGAGCAGUAACAGUGGUAGUGAAUGAAGCGGCCAGGCUGGAAUGCCAGGCCACCGGUGUGCCCUUGCCCAGCCUGACGUGGCUCAAAGACGGCAGCCCCGUGGCCAGUGUAUCACAUGGUAUACAGGUGUCAUCUGACGGCAGGCUGCUAUCUCUGAGCAGUGCACAAAUUACCGAUACAGGCAGAUACACCUGUGUGGCUGUCAACGCCGGAGGAGAACAGCACCGAGACUAUGAGCUGCAGGUUUAUGUGCCACCUAAUAUCAAGGGUGAGGAGGUGAACACCACAGUGAUGUUUGGUCAUCCAGUGGAGCUGCACUGCCAGAGCGAUGCGAUCCCUCCACCUACCCUGUCCUGGCGCAAAGAUGGCCGCCCACUAUUCCGGAAACCUGGUCUGAGUGUCUCAGCUGACAGCAGUUUACUCAAGGUUGAGAGUGCCCAGGUGCAGGAUUCAGGCAGAUAUACGUGUGAAGCCACCAAUGUUGCUGGAAAAACAGAGAAGAACUAUAAUCUCAAUGUCUGGGUUUCACCCCGUAUCCACGACUCAGAGGAGAUGUCUCCUGUAACUGCGAUGGAAGGAAGCCUCGUUGCCCUCGUGUGUGAAUCCAGCGGCAUACCGCCUCCCAGUCUUAGCUGGAGGAAGGAUGGUGUGGAGCUGCAGUCUGACCACCGGCUCAGGAUUUUGUCAGGAGGUCGUCACCUGCAGAUCUCCAGUGCAGAAAGCACGGACACAGCCUCCUACACCUGCACAGCCUCCAGUGAAGCUGGCAGCACCUCCAAGGAGUUCAGCCUGCAGGUUUACGUCCGUCCUACUAUCAGGCGUAGUGAGGAGGGCACUGAUGAUGUUACCGUCACUAAAGGUGGCAGUGUUACCCUGCAAUGUGUUGCGGAUGGAGUACCUCGACCUGCAGUCACAUGGCUAAAGGAUGGGCGACCUAUCACAGGCCAGAAUGGCGCCAAAGUUCUGAAUGAGGGGAGGCUGCUACAAAUCAAAGACGCUAAGGUGUCAGACACGGGACGCUACACCUGUAUCGCUGUUAAUGUGGCAGGACAGGCUGACAGCAAGCAUGACAUCAGUGUACAUGUGCCACCAUCUAUCAUUGGUCAAGUUCUGUUUCCACACAACAUCAGUGUCAUUGUCAAGAACCCGGUUGUUCUGAGUUGUGAAGCUUCUGGCAUCCCUCUGCCUGCUAUUACCUGGCAAAAGGACGGACGGCCGGUUAAAUCCACCAGCUCAGUACACGUGCUCUCAGGUGGGCGGAGUCUACGUCUAAUGCAUACCGGAGUCGAGGAUGCUGGAACAUACACCUGUAUUGUGUCAAACAGCGUGGGAGAGGAAAGAAAGAACUUUCACCUUGACAUUCUUGUUCCACCGAGCAUUGUGGAUGAAGAAACCGUACUGGAUGUUAAAGUCAAGGAGAAGCACAACAUCACUCUCACCUGUGAGGCCUCAGGUAAUCCGACACCAAACAUUCAAUGGCUGAAGGACGGACAGCUGCUGGUGCCGGACAGUCACCACCAGGUGUUAUCUCAUGGCCGUUUCCUUCAAAUAUAUUUUGCCCAAGUUGCAGAGACCGGUCGGUACAGCUGCUUGGCAUCUAACAGUGCGGGGGAUCGUAGCCGCCAUUACAACGUCAAUGUACUUGUGUCUCCUACCAUUGUUGGGUUGACUUCUGAUGGCUCUGCAGAAGAGGUGACUGUAACCCUGAGCAACCCCACCUCACUGGUGUGUGAAGUCCAGUCCUUCCCUCCUGCUAUCAUCACCUGGUACAAGGACGGCACUGUAUUUGAGUCCCGCCGCAACAUCCGAGUCCUUCCAGGUGGGAGAAGCUUGCAGAUUCUCAAUGCAAAAGAAGAGGAUGCUGGGAGAUACACCUGUGUGGCCACGAAUGAGGCUGGAGAGACACUGAAGAACUAUGAAGUCAAAGUUUACAUUCCCCCACAGAUCAAUAAGAAUGAUAUCCCCGGGGAAGGACUGGUGCCUAAAGAGGUCAAAAUCAACGUCAACAGCACGCUGACCCUGGAAUGUGCAGCAGAGGCAAUUCCAACCCCAGCACUGGAGUGGUACAAAGAUGGGCAGAUCCUGCAAGCAGAUGAUCAUGUGUCCAUCACAGCCAAUGGUCGUAUUGUUCAGAUCAAGUAUGCUCAGGUUUCAGACACAGGCCGCUACACGUGCGUAGCAACCAACAUAGCUGGAGAGGAUGAGAAGGACUUUGAUGUAAAUAUACAAGUUCCGCCGAAUUUUAACAGGCCUGGGGGAGUUGGCGGUGCCACAUCUGGGCCAGGACAUAUACAGGACAUUUGGGAUGUGAUACUCAACAAUCCCAUUUCGCUGUAUUGUGAGACCAAUGCGGUCCCGCCUCCAACACUCACCUGGUACAAAGAUGGAAGACUGCUGACCUCCAAUGACAAAGUUCUGAUCCUGCCAGGGGGCCGAGUGUUACAGAUUCCCAGGGCCCAGGCCGAAGACUCGGGCAGGUACACAUGUGUGGCUGUCAAUGAAGCAGGAGAAGACUCCAUUCAGUACGAUCUUAGAGUAUUAUUGCCCCCGUCCAUACAUGGAGCAAAGAGCGACCUGCCUGACGAAGUAACAGUCCUGGUAAAUAAAACUGCCCAACUGGAAUGUCAUGUAGAAGGAAACCCCAUCCCAAAGAUCACCUGGAUUAAGGACAGCCAGCCAAUCAGCUCUGAUGGUCCAUAUAGAAUCCUCUCCAACGGACGACGACUACAGGUAUUGACUGCUCAGGUGUCUGACACAGGGCGUUAUGUGUGUGUGGCAGACAACGUGGCCGGCAGUGCAGAAAAAUCGUUUAAUCUCAAUGUUCACGUGCCUCCUGCCAUUAUUGGACCACAACUGGAGAAAGUGACUGUGGUGGUGAACAACUUUGUGUCUCUAUCUUGUGAAACUACUGGUUUUCCCCCUCCCACACUGAGCUGGCUAAAGGACAGCAGUCCCAUUCAGCCCAAUGCCAAUUCAUUGAUCAUGCCAGGCGGUCGUACUCUACAAAUUCUUAGAGCAAAAGUGUCUGAUGGAGGAAAGUACAGCUGUGUAGCCAUGAACGCAGCAGGAGAGGUUCACAAACUCUUCCACCUCGCUGUUUUAGUUCCUCCUCGUAUUCGGGACAGUGGUGGCGACUCCCCCGUGGUGGAGAGUGUGCUCGUUGGUAGGUCGGUAACCCUGGAGUGUGAGUCCAACGCUGUACCUCCCCCCACAAUCACCUGGUAUAAGAAUGGAAGAGUGGUGAUGGAAUCGGAAAACCUGCAGAUUCUGGCAGAGGGUCAGAUGCUUCAGAUCAAAGCAUCAGAGGUGUCCGAUACUGGACAGUAUUUGUGUAAGGCCACGAACGUUGCUGGACAGGUGGACAAGAACUUUCACUUGAAUAUAUAUGUACCUCCCAGUAUUGAUGGUGCAGUGGAGGAGAGUGUGGUGGAGACGAUUAAUAACGCGGUCACAUUUGCCUGUGAUGCCACUGGGAUUCCUCCUCCGAGUCUCACGUGGCUGAAAAAUGGACAUGUUAUAGAGAAUUCGGCAUCUCUGGAAAUGCACAUCUUCUCAGGAGGCAGCAAGCUGCAGAUUGCUCGGUCGCAGCUCUCCGACAGCGGUACUUACACGUGUGUAGCCUCCAAUGUGGAAGGCAAAGCACUCAAGAGCUACCACCUCACCAUACAAGUCCCUCCGAGUAUCUCUGGAUCAGAGCUGCCCACUGAAAUCGGAGUCCUGCUGAAUGACAGCAUCCAGCUCGCCUGUCAAGUCCAGGGAACGCCGCCUCCGACUGUGCAAUGGCUGAAAGAUGGAGAAGUCAUCAAAAGUACAGGGAACAAAAGAUUCAGGAUCAGUCCAGACGGCAGCACACUCACUGUGGCCGCAGCACACACCACUGACAGUGGAAAGUACACCUGUGUAGCCACGAACGCUGCCGGGGAGGAGGACAGGAUAUUUAAUUUGAAUGUAUAUGUACCUCCUGUCAUAGAGGGCAACAGCAAAACUGCAAAGGAGUUGACCACAGUCCUGGACAGUUCUGUCAAUAUUGAGUGUGUUGCCACGGGAUCCCCUCCUCCUCAACUCAGCUGGCUGAGGAAUGGUUUCCUCCUGCCUGUCUCCUCCCACAUACGCCUCCUGUCCGCUGGACAGGUGCUCCGGAUUACACGCACGCAGGUGUCUGAUGCUGGUACCUACACCUGUGUUGCAUCAAACAGGGCAGGAGUGGACAACAGACACUAUAACCUACGGGUUCACGUCCCUCCAGGUCUGGAUGGAGCUGGAAGCACAGAGGAUGUGACUGUAGUGAGAGGAAAUCUGGUGUCUUUGCGCUGUGUCGCUGAUGGGACCCCGAGCCCGACCAUGUCCUGGUUCAGAGGGGGUGUAGCUCUGGUUCCUGACCCCCAUCUCGCCUUCCUCAGCCUGAACUCUACUGUCCAGAUCAAACAGGUCCGAGUCAAUGAUACAGGCCUCUAUACCUGCGUGGUUAACAACACUGCUGGUCAAGCUAGUCGACACUUUAAAGUGAAAGUGCUGGAUCCUCCACGUAUUAAAGGCUCUGAUUCCGCAUCUGAAAUAUUUGUGGUGGUUAAUAAUGUCCUGGAGCUUCGGUGUGAGGCCUCAGGAAUCCCUGCACCUUCCCUGACCUGGCUGAAGAAUGGGCGACCUCUGCCACAGACAGAGAGCCUGCGCCUCCUCCAGGGAGGAGAAGUGCUCAGGCUGGCCUCCGUGCAGAUGGAAGAUGCAGGGAGGUAUAGCUGCCUAGCCAACAGUCCAGCAGGAGAUGAUGACAAGGAGUUUCUGGUUCAAGUGCAUGUUCCUCCUAAUAUUGUGGGAGAGCGCGCCCCCCAGGAUGUGUCUGUGCUGCAGGGCAGGCAGGUCACACUGGAGUGUAAGUCCGAUGCUGUUCCUCCUCCCACUCUGGCCUGGCUCAAAGAUGGUCAUCCGCUGCAGGCCUCUGCACGGAUUCGCAUUCUGUCUGGUAGCCGUUACUUACAGAUCAACGCGGCUGAGCUCAGCGACAGGGCUCAGUAUACCUGCGAGGCCAUCAACAUUGCUGGCAAGAGCACACGACAGUUUAACCUCACUGUCAAUGUGGCCCCGACAAUCAAAGAUAGCCCGCAGACUGUGUCCGUGCACAUCAACAAGCCAGCCGUGCUUGAGUGCACUGUAAGUGGAAUACCACCGCCUCGCAUAAUCUGGAGGAAACAUGGUGCCAUCUUGGUAGAAAACAACCCCAGGUAUACGCUUGCAGAGGAUGGAUCUUUACACAUCCACUCUGCUCAGGUGACCGACACGGGCCGCUACCUGUGCAUGGUGACCAAUCAGGCCGGGACAGAACGUAAGAGAGUUGAUCUGCAAGUUCAAGUGCCUCCUUCUAUAGCCGGAGGUCGCACUGAUGUCACUGUUACAGUCAACAUUCAGACCACACUGUCCUGUGAAGCCACCGGCAUUCCAAAACCCACCGUUCGAUGGACAAAAAAUGGUCGAGAAAUCAAUACUGACCACAACCAGAACAUGUACAGAUUACUGUCAUCAGGCUCACUGGUGGUCAUUGUGCCCACAGUGGAGGACACAGCACUAUAUGAGUGUGUGGCCUCUAAUGAGGCAGGAGAAGACAUCAGAUCUGUUAACCUCACUGUUCAUGUUCCUCCAUCUAUAGCAGAUGAACCCACAGAGCUAGUUGUAUCCAGACUGUCCCCUGUGGUCAUUGCUUGUACUGCAUCUGGUGUGCCAGAGCCCACAGUCCACUGGAGCAAAGAUGGCAUGAAGCUGCCCAAAGAGGGACGAGGAUACAGAAUCCUACCCACAGGUCCAGUAGAGAUCACCUCUGCAGAGCUCAACCACGCUGGACACUACUUGUGUACGGCCAAAAAUGAUGCAGGCUCCACCCACCGCCAAGUGCAGCUCACAGUUCAGGAGCUGCCAGUGAUCCAGUCCCAUCCACACAUGCUGGAUGUGAUCCUAAAUAAUCCCAUCACGCUGCCCUGCAGGGCCACAGGUUCACCCAGACCGACCAUCACCUGGCAGAAGGAGGGCAUCAAUAUACCCACAACAGGUGGUAGUUUCACAGUCCUACCUAAUGGAAGUCUGCAGAUCAACAAGGCUUCUGUUUCAGACUCUGGAACAUACAUGUGUGUGGCUCAAAACCCGGCGGGGACAGCGCUGGGAAAAACCAAACUCAGAGUACAAGUCCCUCCGGUGAUCAGCUCUGAGACUCAAGCCUACCUCGCACCCGUGGACUCGUCUGUGACACUACAGUGCCAAGCUGAGGGCUCGCCUCUUCCCUCAGCCACGUGGCAUAAAGACGGUCAGCCACUGAGUGAAUCUGUACACCAGAGGGUGCUGGGUUCAGGAUCCCUGCAGAUCGCUUUUAUCCAGCCAAGUGAUGCCGGACGCUACACGUGCACUGUUGCCAACGUGGCGGGAACCUCCAGCCUGGAGAUGAGCCUCACUGUACAGAUUCCACCUUCCAUUCGUAUCAAUCAGCAGGAGGUAUCUGUAGUGGAAAACAGCCAGGCCCAACUGGUGUGUGUGUCAGAGGGAGUCCCUCAGCCCAGUGUGUCCUGGGAGAAAGAUGGUAAUCCUAUCAAUGAAAGUACCGGGGAGUACGACAUCCUGCCCUCUGGAGAGUUGUUUAUAGAUUUUGUUCAGCCUGUCGAUGCAGGAAGCUACACUUGCAUUGCCACUAAUGAAGUCGGACAAGACAGUCGGACCAUUACCUUGUCCGUUCAUACCUACCCUGUCUUUACUGAGCUGCUGGGAGAUGUGGCCCUCAAUAAGGGAGAGCGCCUCCUGCUUGUAUGUGGCGUUAGUGGCAUCCCCACACCUACGAUCACAUGGUCCUUCAACAACAAAGUCAUUCCAGUUCACUAUGAUCACAUGAACGGGCGCAGUGAGUUGGUGAUAGAGAGAGUGGGCAAAGAUGAUUCCGGCACCUACUCCUGCGUGGCAGAAAAUAAAGUUGGAGCUGUGAAGUCACUGGGUUUUGUCUAUGUCAAAGAGCCUCCCAUCAUUGAUGGGGACCUCCACUCCAACCGUAUCGAACCUUUGGGUGGAAACGCUAUCCUGAACUGUGAAGUACGAGGCGAACCCAUGCCCACCAUCCAGUGGAGUAAAAAUGGAAUAAACAUCCAGAUUAGCAACCGCAUCCGUCAACUUGAUAACGGCUCUCUGGCCAUAUAUGGCACAAUGAAUGAAGAUGCAGGCAGUUAUAUGUGUGUGGCAGCAAAUGUCGCAGGGGUGGUUGAAAGGAGCGUCACACUGACUUUGCAGAGUGUGCCCACCAUCACGACAGACCCAGCAGAGACUGUGGCGGAUGCAGGCAGCACAAUUGUGCUGAACUGCCAGGCGAACGGAGAGCCGACCCCCAUCAUAGAGUGGUCCCGUCAGGGGCGUCCGUUAGUUAACAACAAUCACUUCUCCACGCUGUCCAAUGGCUCGCUCAGGAUUAACAGUGUGCAGAAGGAGGACACUGACGAAUAUGAAUGUGUGGCCAGAAACAUGCUGGGAUCGGUACUGGCCAGAGUCACUCUAACUGUACGAGUCCAUGGGGUGUAUUCAGAGUGGAUGGAAUGGCAUCCCUGCAGUGUGUCCUGCGGUGCUGGGACCCAGAAGAGGAUGAGACAAUGUAACAAUCCUCUACCUGCCAAUGGAGGGCAUCACUGUACAGGAUCAGAAUCAGAGACACGUGUCUGUCAGGGAAAGCCUUGUCCAGUGGAUGGUAGGUGGUCAGAAUGGUCUCUGUGGGAACAGUGUUCACGCACCUGUGGUGAGGGCAAUAGAACCAGAGUCCGGACCUGCAUUAACCCACCAGCUCUGCAUGGAGGGAGGCAGUGCGAGGGAAAGGCAGUAGAGAUCAUCAUGUGCAGCGUUAGACUGUGUCCAGUUGCAGGAAACUGGGGGUCUUGGCUCCCAUGGAGCACAUGCAGUGAGACCUGUGGUCAGGGAAUGCAGUCCAGAAUCCGGCUGUGCAACAACCCCCCUCCAGCAUUUGAUGGUGUGCAGUGUGAGGGUACAGAUGCACAGACACAAGUGUGCAAGGACAGGCCAUGUCCCGUGGAUGGGAGGUGGUCAGCAUGGAUGAGCUGGGGAGCCUGCAGUGUCUCCUGUGGGGGUGGUACCAGACAGAGGACACGCCUCUGUGCCAGCCCUAACCCUCAGCAUGGCGGCUGGCCCUGUGAGGGAAAUGAUGUGCACGUUGACUUCUGUAACAGUGACCCCUGCCCCAUCAGUGGUAACUGGGGUCCAUGGAAUAGCUGGGGCAGCUGCAGCAAGACAUGUAAUGGAGGCCAGAUGAGGCGCUACAGGACAUGUGACAACCCCAGACCAGCCAAUGGUGGGAGAGCAUGUGCAGGCGCAGACACACAAAUACAGAGAUGCAGCACAGCCAGCUGCCCUGUUGAUGCUAACUGGGGACCAUGGCAACCAUGGGGCGAAUGCUCCACCUCCUGUGGGAGCGGCGAGAGAACUCGGGUGCGGCUCUGUAAUAGCCCGUCUCCUGGUGAUGGAGGUCGGCCAUGUCCAGGAGACUCCUCCCAGCUGUCCAGGUGUAAGAUUCAAGCCUGCCCAGGUGGGCCCAAUAAGGCACGAGGUAGCAUCACAGGGAACAUCAAUGAUAUCGAGUUUGGUGUCGCUGUCCUCAAUGCAACCAUCUCAGAUGGCAGAUCUGGUGCCAGAAUCAUCCAGGCCACAAUCUCAAACAUCCCCAGGACAUUAGGUCCUGCAAUGAGGAAGCUCAUCUCCAUCCUGAACCCUGUCUACUGGACCACCGCAAAGGAAGUUGGUGAGGCCGUCAAUGGCUACACGCUAACAGGUGGCGUCUUCAGACGAGAGACGCAGGUGGAGUUUGCCACAGGUGAAAUUCUGAAAAUGACUCAAAUCGCCCGAGGCCUGGACUCAGAUGGAGUGUUGUUAUUGGACAUCGUAGUGAACGGUCACGUACUGCAGCUACCGUCACAUGCAAACAUCAAUAUCAAGGACUACACAGAGGACUACAUCCAGAUUGGGAUGGGACAGCUGUACGCUCUGUCCACUCGAAUGUUCAGCAUCAACAGGGACAGUGUGCCCUACUCUUGGAACCACACCAUCUCCUACGACCUGUCAAAGGGUAAAAUGCCCUACCUGGUGCAGGUGCUGCAUGGCACGGCCAUCAGUGCUCACUACUUCCCCCUGGAGGAGGUCUUGGAGUAUACCAUCCACGCCACAAUCGCCAAGGGUGAGCGCAGUAAUCAGUGUCCACAGGGUUUCAGUCUGGUGUCUGCUGGGCCUCAUUGUGCAGAUGAGAAUGAGUGUGAGGAGGGGAACCCUUGUUCUCACACCUGCCACAACACCAUAGGCACCUACUACUGCUCCUGUCCCCGAGGUCUUGCCAUCUCCGCUGACGGUCGCACCUGUCAGGAUAUUGACGAGUGCUCAUUGGGUGGGGUCAUGUGCAGUGACGGACAGGACUGUGAGAACACCAUUGGAUCUUAUCGAUGCCUUAUGCGCUGUGGACGGGGCUUCAGAAGAACAUCAGAUGGUCUCAGUUGCGCAGAUGUAAAUGAGUGUCAGGAGUCCAACCCCUGCAAUCAACAGUGUCUGAACACAAUCGGCAGCUAUCGCUGCGCCUGUGAGCCGGGGUACCAGCUGAGGAACAGACGCUGUAUAGAUAUAAAUGAGUGCAGACAGCGUGUCUGUCGAUCAGACCAGCAGUGUAAAAACACACGGGGUGGUUACACCUGUAUUGACCUGUGCCCCAGUGGUAUGACCAAAGGUUCCAAUGAAACCUGUGUAGACAUCAAUGAGUGCAGAGACGGCACCCAUCAGUGCAGAUACAACCAGAUCUGUGAGAACACCAGAGGGAGCUACCACUGUACGUGUCCACAUGGCUACCGGACACAAGGAAUGGGACAACCAUGUGCUGACAUAAAUGAGUGCGAGCGGCUUCCGCAGCCCUGCGCCCACCGCUGCAUCAACACUCCCGGCAGCUUCGAAUGCACCUGCCCGCUGGGGCACCACCUGCUGGGAGAUGGUAAAUCCUGCGCUGGGCUGGAGAGGCUCCACAGCUACGAGACUUACUCGUACGGCUACCGGACGUCACAGUCCUCUACGGAGCGGAGCUCCUACCAUCACCACUACCACAACUUGGCCUCUCAGAGCUACCACUCCCACUCAGCCACCACAAGGGGGCGAAAUAGAGCGCGUAGCCGUAGAGAGGCUAAGCGGCAGGGCUUCCUCGCAUGUCAGCAGGGGUUUGAGGCCAGGGGAGGCCGCUGCUUAGACAUAAACGAGUGUGAGGUGAGAGACAUCUGCCAGCACGAGUGUGUGAACACACCGGGGAGUCACAGGUGCCUCUGUCCUUCUGGUUAUCGCCUCAUGACCAACAGCAAGACGUGUCAAGAUGUGGAUGAAUGUCUCGAACAAGAUAUCCAGUGUGGAGUCAACCGAAUGUGCUUCAACAUGAGGGGGAGUUAUCAGUGUAUUGACACACCUUGUCCUCCAAAUUAUCAGAGGGAUGCAGCCACAGGGUUUUGCCUGAAGAGCUGCCAACCAAAGGACCUGGAGUGCACCUUGAGCCCUUAUGCCCUGGAGUACAAGCUGCUGUCACUUCCUUUUGGCAUUGCAGCCAACCAGGAUCUCAUCAGACUAGUGGCCUACACUCAGGAUGGCGUGAUGCACCCGAGAACUACGUUCCUAGUGAUCGAUGAUGAUGUCACUUUGCCGUUUGCUCUGCGAGAUGAGAACAUGAAGGGAGUGCUGUUCACCACACGGCCGCUACGGGAGCCCCACACGUACCACAUGAAGGUUCGAGCCCUAUCCUACAGCAAAAACGGGGGCAUCGAGUACCAGACGACCUUCAUUGUGUACAUUGCCGUCUCUGCUUACCCCUACUAAGAGCACUUUAACUAAGGCGAGACAUCAAUGAGUGGGCGUGGCUUUGGGAAAGCAGCCACAUCAGUAAUGAGACUGAAACAAAAAGACUUCGAGGCCAGUAUAUAGACUUCUGCAAAGAGAAACAAAACCCCCACAGAUAGUCAAUAUAUGGUCUUGUAAACACUGCAAAUAUCAGGCUGGAACUAAACUGGCUGAUUACUGCCUCCAAUUCAUGAAAUAUUUACUUCAGCCAGCAUGUUAUUCAAAUGUUUGAUAUGACAUUUUCCUCACCCCUACCAAUUUAUUUAAGGAUGAAUGAUUUUAGUCCUCAAACCUGAAGCGCCCACCAAUGGCUCACACUAGCAACUACAGGAUUCCAUCCACCAAUCAUUAAAUUAUUAAACUUGAAAAACAUCUGUUCCCGUGUUUCGGCCCUUUUCUAAUCAGGGACCAAAGUGGAGUUGAGACUGUUUGGAAGUGGUGCUUAUUUUGAAUACUUGACUGUCACAUUUACAUCCUCAGGAAGUGGCCUCGACAAGUACGUAAAAUAAUGUCAAUUGUUAUACUGACCAUUAAUUAAUGCUCCAACCAGAUAACUAAGAUGUAUUUUAUUUGUAUGACUUGUACAUAGACAUUUGGACCUCAUGUGUUAUACUCUAAUGUAUCUUUUUAAAUAAAACAUAAGGAAAAUGAAACAUGUUAAAUAAGUGUUUAAUAUAAUUAAGACAAGUUACAGUUAGCAUUCAUACUCUUUUAUUUUUGUCAAAAAAAGCAUAAACAUUAAAAACAAAGGAAUAUUCUAGUAAGGCAGUUUGUACAUCAGUUUGGUUUGUUUCCUCAUCUUCUGGCACUGGGCUAGAAGAGCAUCUCUGACUAGGUAGACAUGAAACGGGCUGUUCUCCUGUCGUCAGCCGUUACUGCAUUAGAAAAACUUGACGCAUCAUCACUGAUGACACAAUUCAUGAAAACUCAUGUUUAAAGACCAAGUGGUGUUAAUGUGACUGAAACGAUGGCGACUCUCUU